CGACGAGGCUGGGCAAGAUCGUCCCCGCACCCUAGUGGCAGUCAAUUCAAGUCUCCAGGUUCUCGUUCGUGCAAGCCCUGGACAGUCUCAAGAUUUCCUCUCUCUCCGUAUAUCAUUCAGCACCAUUGUCCUCCAUCAUGGCCUGGUCAACAUCAGACACAGUUGCGUUCAUCACAUUAAUCAUAGCGAUCCCCACUUCUAUAGCGGGAGUCUGGACUCUCCACCUUCAUCUCCAAGCGCGGCAAGCUCGACAAGUUCGACGACAGCAUCUUUUCAGUACUGUUUCCGAUGACCCCUCGACUGAAACCGGGAUCCCUCUUCUGUCGCAAACUUCUCCGCCAUCUCGAACUCCAACCUUUCCUCCACCCACGAGUCCGACUCCGACUUCUACUCCCAUACCUAGUCUUCACCUGAGUCCUUCUGCUAGUGUUCGCCCAUUGCCUUCGUCGUCUACUACUGGUACCCCGCCCAGCUACCCCGAAACUCACACUCGAAACAACUCAAUGCGAUACGAUUCCUUCUUUUGCAGACUCCAUGUGAAUGACAUUGGUGCGCAACCUCUCCCGCCGAUAUAUACCGAUCCUCGUCCUGUACAAGAAGUUUGACCAGAAGGAUACAAUACUAUAGCGACUUGUAUUAGCGCCAUUGAACUGAUAUCAGAACAUAUACCAGUCAGGUUACGACUCUAGAUGAAUAUAUAGAUGCGACAAAAAUUAGGGCGCUAGCGGUAUUGGUGGUUAGAGUUAGAUCUAUGAUACAGCACAAGCUGGGACUCGGAGUUAGCUAGGGAAUAGGGCAUGUAUACUAGACUUGAAUGAUCCGCCCUAUAAUUAUUUUCAUGAUCCAAUGAAAUGACUCGGACCUUUAGCUCUUAGAAGUGGC